AAGUCCUCCCCCCUCCUAUCGAGUUUCAGUUCCAGACAGUAUAACACUUGUGAGACUGUUACAAUGUAAAACUGUAUAAAAACACUGACCAGGGUGCUGAUUUCAUGCAUGGCUAGUAGAUUUCAUUACAUUGGAAUGAUACGGAUGCUGAGUUAACCUCAGCUUCAGCAGCAAUCCUGUACAGAAGCAUUGAGACCAGAAUCUCUGUGGUAUCACCAGAGUGCAUGUUACAAUGCCACCAGCCUGCACAGUCAUACAUAUGUAUAUUGUAUUGUGAGGAUCACUUGCUCCAAGGACUGUUGAAGCGAUUUUAUUAUCAUCAUCAGCCGGCCUUGCUCCACAGAGGGAUCCAGUGUCACAGUGAUUGAUAUUCUUCAAAUGAUUGGUAAUUACUAAUUCUUCUGAAGAGGAAGUUGGAAGAAAACUGUUUUUUUUCUGAGUGGAGUAAGACUGGGAUUUAACUGGACCUAUAUAUAUAUUUUCAUUCUUAUGUGAAAUGGAUUUUUGCAACACUGGACAUUUUUAACUUCUAACACAAACCAACAACAAGAUUCCAUGGACAAGAACUGCUUGUGUAAAGACUGAACAUCCUAUACAAAGACAAGUCGGCAAUCUGAGGUUUGAGAUGUGUGAUCAGCGAGUGGGGUUGAUCAGUUGCUGUAACACGGGAUGAGGAGUAAAAUGUGGAAAAUCGUUGAGUUCUGGGAUGUACUGCUGUGGAGUUGGAUAUUUAUCGCUACUCUAGCAGAAGUUGCCAUUCAAAUUCCACCGAACGACAAAGAAGCAACGCAGGGAGAUAAUAUCAAGUUUAUCUGUAAGGUCCACCCUGAUGUUCACAACUUCCACAUGAAAUGGAAACACAACAGUGCCCUCAUAGAUGUAUCCUCAAAUGUGGAAAAAUAUCAGGAAAUGGACAAUGGUCAAACUUUCAUCAUUCGGAACGUUGGCCGGUAUGAUUCUGGGAUAUACACAUGUGUUGCUACGUCCGGCAGUGAUAAGGACCGAGCGUCGGCAACACUGACCAUCAAAACUUCUCCAGACCCUCCUACGAGAGUGGAAAUUGUCACAUGUUCUGGUCACAUGGUAGACCUCUCCUGGGACCAGGGAGACGACGGGGGUUCCAGCAUAAUAUCAUAUCUAACACAGUUCAACACAUCAGACAAUCCAAACUUCUGGAAUAACUAUUACGAGGAAAUUCAGGGAGAUAAAACAACAGGUAUAGUGAACUUAUCACCGUGGGGAGAAUACUCAUUCAGGAUGUUAGCGCGGAACAGUAUCGGGUACAGUGAACCUAGUCAACCAACACAGACAACUUGUUCAACGCCACCAGACCAUCCAGACGGAAAUCCUAAAAAUGUCCGCACACUCACACAUAAGAAGAAAAAGCUGAUUAUUGCAUGGAUGCCAAUGCCACGGCUUUAUCACAAUGGACCAGGGUUUAAAUACAUCGUUUCCUGGCGACCAAAAGGAAGCACAUACUGGAAUACCAGAGAAGUUCGUAAUUCAAAUGCGAAACAGGUGGAAAUAGAAGUUACAGACAUAUACGGCCUUUAUGAAGUCAUGGUUAAAUCGGCCAAUGAUAUUGGAGAGUCUUUCCAACCUCCUUUCAUCAGGCUGGGCUAUUCUGGGGAAGCAGAUCCAAUUGUUUCACCAAAAGAUUUUCGACUUGAUCCAACCCAAAAAAUAGAACCGCACACUGCAAAUUUUAUAUGGGAAUCAGUUGAUACAUCAGAGGAAAAAAUACGUGGAAAAUUUCGAGGAUAUAAGUUACGAUAUUGGAAGUCAAGUGAAGGUCGCCAUAAGUGGAAGGAAGUGGAUGUAGUCGUGGAGACAGGAGAGGGCUACCAGUUACCGGACGUGCGGGCGGCCAUUGAUGGACUUCCUGCCUACACUGCCCUGCGUGCCCAGGUGGCUGUCAUGAAUGGGCAUUAUACUGGCAUGCCAAGUCAGACCAUCGACUUCAAAACACCAGAGGGAGUGCCAGGUCCUGUGCGGAAACUACAUGUGGAAAAACGUGGCAAAGAUUAUAUUCUUUUAAAAUGGCUACCACCAGAUGAACCAAAUGGCAUCUUGAAAGGAUAUGACAUAGGCUACCAGCCGGUGAUCGGCGCUAAGUAUGGACCAGUUAAGUCCCUGAAACCACAGAUCACAAACCCGUCAGUUUUAGGGGCCCGCAUCCGGGGCCUGCAAACCAAUCACAAUUAUAGGUUCUAUGUUUGGGCUCGGACAAAGACUGGGAGAGGUUCACCCGUCUUCAUGGAGGUGAAAACAGCCGAUGAUUCUA